CUGUGUCUGCGGGCGGGUGCGCUGUCCGAGCGGGUAAGGCGGAGCCGGCCGGCAGGCUCAGAGGCCAUGGCAGCCUCGGAGGCCUCGCACCAGUCCAUCAAGGGGAUCCUGAAGAACAAGAGCACCGCCCAGGGCUCCGUCAUCCUGCCCCGGCCCCCUUCCUCCUCCACCUCCAGCGCCACAGUGUUGCGGCGGCCAAAGCCGUCCAGCUCCCGGAUUAGUGAUGAGGACUUCAGGAAAAAAUGCCAGAAGUGGGAUGAAAUGAAUAUCCUAGCAACCUAUCAUCCAGCACACAAAGACUAUGGUUUAAUGAAAAUAGAUGAGCCCAGCACUCCCUACCACAGUAUGGUUGGCGAAAAUGAUGAGGACGCCUUGAGUGACUCUGAAACGAAUGAAACCCUGACCCCUGAAGUCUUGGCCCGGAAGUUAUCAGCUGCAGAAGGCUCGGAUACAAAGUUCCUCGUUCAGGAUGAGACCAGUGAAGAGGAAGACCUGACCCCUGAAGAGCAAGAAAAACGGCGUCAGUUUGAGAUAAAGAGAAAGCUUCACUACAAUGAAGGACUCAACAUCAAUCUGGCUCGGAUGCUUAUUUCCAAAGAACUUCAGGGGUACCCGGAGGAGGAGGAUGAUGACGACGAAGGCAAAAUAAGGCCUGGGAGGAGCAGCCAGUUCCAAAGCUAAGAAAAUACUCCCAAGAAGAGAUUAGGGUGGCAGCCCUGGAUCUCUGUUCCUCUAUUGUUUCAAGUUCUCCACAUGUCACAAGUUAGGUGUCCAAAUGAAGAUCUAGUAUUGCCAGGAAUUGUAAUGGUAGUAUGGGAGAGAGAGACACAGAAAUGGUAAUGGAGAAGACCUUGGACCUACUACUUGCCUGAGAAGAAGUCCAUUCACAGCGACAUUUCCAAAUAGCAUUUGUUUACUAAGAACACUGGUUAGUUUAUGUAGGAUUUUGUCAGUUUGUGUGCUUUAAAAGCUAAACAGUAGCUUUUUGGUAUUAAUUUAUUUGAUACAAUUCAAGAGAUGGAAUAUCACUGCAAAGUGUUUUAAAAUCCAAAUGGUAGAGCAAGUAACAGGUUGAUAAAAUCUCUGCCUGAUUAAGGUGUGUGUGGGGGGGGUAGUAUGUACUCUUCAAGUAAGCAUAAAAUCUUUGGUUAUUGCCCUAUAAGCAGAACUGAGUGGAAGGCCUACCAUCCAUAAGGUAUUUCCGGAUGAUGAGUGGUGGGUGCUUUGAUCUUUUUCCGACCAUGGGAAGAGUGGUGUUGGCUUCAGACUUCUCAUAACCAAUUAAGAAUCUGAGGCAUUUCCUAAAAGAAGUUUGAGCACCAUACCAACAGAUAGAGAAGACAUUUGGAUAUCUGUAUAGAAAGGAUAGCUGGAUAGAAGAGAUGUUUCCUGAGACACUGAGAAACAUUGUAUGAUGUAAUGUUAAGUUAUAAAAAGUGGAUAAAACUUUCAUUCCACUGUGACAA